AUGGGUGACCGCGGCGCUGAGCGCGCUGUGCCCACGGAGCUGGAGGAGAUCACCAACAGAAUCUCUGAUCUGAGCAAAUGGAGAGAAAUCUUUAGUUUCCGUGGUUUGGAAAUCAACAGCAUGACUCAUCAGAGGCUGCAGGAGCUGCUCUUCGGGAACACGAGCUCCCUGUUCAGCUGCGAGUGGGCAGCGGCACACUUCAGCUUCCACCGGCCGCACUCGGAUCUGGCCUACGCGCUGGAGGCGGGACAGGGAGGAACCAGAGCCGUUCUGGCGGCUGUACAAGCACACAUCAUCACAUACCUGCUCUUCACAAGACAGACAGAAUCCACUCACCUGGAAAGGCUGUGCCGGGUGGGGCGGCGGGAGCAGGGGCAGGCGCUGGCCACGGUCCUGGCAGAGACCCUGUGGGCAGCAGGAGGAGGUGGCAGAGCCGUCGUGUGCCUCGUCACUGCCCCAGUCACCACGAUGCCACGUGAAGGCUACAGAGCCAGCAGCUUCGCAGAGAGAAUCCGGCUGUUCGAGUUCUCGGAGAAAGCUGCUGCUCAGGGAUUCAUCUCCGACCACAUAAACUGUUUCAAAGGCAAAGGAGGCCAUGGAGUGAUCCUAUUUUUAUACAGUUUACUUUUCUCUAGGACACUUGAAAGGUACAUUCCACUUUUUAAACAUUUUCCUGUUGUUUGGUUACAUCUCCUGAAGAGCCUUUUCCUUUCCUCCCGUUUCUGUUGGCUGGGCAGGGAGGUACGGUGCGGCCCCUGGCACAGCCCCAGCGCUGCCCUGACGAUCUGUGCUUGGCCACACAGGGUCCAAGAGGAUUUGGGUGACACAGCUCCUCUGUUGAACGUCCGUUCUGGAAAUGUCACCUGUACAGAGGCCGUGCUCAGCCUGCUCCUGACGGGACGGGCCAGCCCGCGGGGGCUGGGCGGCAGCCGGGACCCGGACACCGGCGCUGGGGACGGGGACGGCGCGGCCCGGGGGCAGCGGGGCGCCGUGGGCUUCCUGCGCUGGGAGCGGGCUCGGCUGGAGCGGCAGGUGAGCCCCGCGCUGCGGACGCCCCGGCUGCCCGUGUGGCUGUGCAGCAUCUCGGGCAGGCACAGCGUGCUCUUCGGCACCGACAGCCGGCUGCUCUCCGACUGGAAAUCCGAGAGAAUUUUCCACCUGUACUUCUACAGUGGGCAGCAGGAGCGGACCCGAACUGCCCACCUGACGAUAGACACUCACUCACAUCACUGGGAAGAGGCUCAAAGAGAAGCCCCCGGCAGCCCAGGGAAGAGGCGCCCAGCCCUGGAGAUGGCAAUCAGGACCAAGUGGGCAGGCGCGACCGUCAGCUGGAACGGGACAGAGCCCUUCUUCUGAGGGGUGAGCACGAUGGACCCCUGCUCCGGAAGGGUACCGGUGUCUGCCACACACUGCCAACCCCACUGUGUGAAAAACGAGGCCCACUUUCUUGGCAAAAUUUAAAAAAUAUGUAGUUUAAUAAAAAAUAAGACAAUUAGGAAACAGAAAUAAAGCAAAGGAUCUCGACCAGGUGCCAGGCAUGCAGCCAGAAAGCACACCUUACCAUCUGAGAGCACUUCUUUAAAAGGACCAGCAUGUUACAUAGUCAAAGACCCUAACGCAUUAUUCAAACAUUCCUUUGAGCCCAGAUGAUCUUCUAGUCUCAACCCUCACAACCUGCCCCCAUUUCAUCAAUUCAACAUUUUAUUGCAGAUAAAUCUCAUUGUGGCACCACUUAGUCAUCCCGUGUCUCACUCCCUGAUAACA